GUGGAUGAAUUUUUUAUAAAGAAAAUUUUGAGUUUUGUGUCGCAUGACUAGGUCAGUAUAAUUGUCGUUUAGAUCAUGAGUUUCAGUGAUUUACAUAAUUAAAAGUUAAGGUUUAUGUCAUCAUUGUGAUUGUGAGUGAAGUUUUACAAAAGUUUUGAAGUUGUGCGAAUUUUAAAAUUGUUGGAUUGUUUGAAUUUUAAAGUUCUGUAGCACACUAAGACCCAUUUUACUGGCUGUACACAGAGCCACAACUACUUGGUGGUCUCUGAAACAAUGGUAGAAACGGAACUGUCUUGUGAAAUUACGCGAAGCCAGCAUGAAGAAAUCAAAGUUGCACGCGAAAACGCAUUCGUACGCGUAUCUCGAUAAACCCAGAGCAAAACGUCAACACGGCAUUUUUGACUCACUUGUGACAUCUCUAACGACAUUUUUGUGGCCAGUAGCAAACGAUUUUUCAUCCUCUGCUCCAGCAAGGAGUUGGAUAGAGGCAACUUUUCACAAACGGGAAUGUUCAAGAUACAUUCGCCAUACCAAAGAUCCAUUAAGAUGUUGCUGUGGAAGAACAUUGGAACAACAUAAAUACGCGACAGAUACUCAGCCUCCACAACCUGGGGAACUAUGGUAUCCGAGCAGAUGCACAAUUGCAAGUCCCACAGAUGCCUACGGGAUACUGGAAUUUCAGGGAGGACCACACCCUUCCAAAGCUCAAUACAUCCGAGUUGCUCAUGACACAAAGCCUGAACAUCUAAUGCAGUUAAUCACCAGAGAAUGGAACCUAGAAUUGCCUAAACUUUUGAUAUCAAUUCAAGGAGGUAAAGCAAAUUUUGAGCUCCAACCUAAACUUAAGAAAGUACUUAGAAAGGGUCUUCUCAAAGCUGCCAGGUCAACAGGGGCGUGGAUCUUCACCGGAGGAACAAAUACAGGUGUAACCAAACACGUGGGAGAUGCAUUGUUGCUAGAACGAUCUCAAAGAACGGGUAGAGUUAAUACUUUAGGAAUAGCUCCAUGGGGUAUAGUCGAAAAUAACCAAGACCUCAUUGGACAACAUACAGAAGUACCAUAUCAUUCCAUAUCAUCGCCAAGAUCAAAAAACGCAGCUUUAAACAACAGACAUGCCUAUUUUCUUCUAGUAGACAAUGGGACUGUAGGAAAAUAUGGUGCCGAGAUUAUACUUCGAAGGAAAUUGGAAAAGUACAUAUCAAAACAAAGGCUAUAUCCAUUUACUCAAAGUCCUAUACCAAUAGUAUGUUUAGUAAUAGAAGGUGGUACCAACACCAUAAGAGCGGUAUUAGAAUAUGUAACCGAUGAACCUCCUGUCCCGGUAGUUGUUUGUGAGGGAUCAGGUCGAGCAGCGGAUAUAAUAGCGUUUAUGUGCAAGUAUGAAUGUUCAGUACUUAAAUCUAUGAAAGAAUAUAUAAUCGCAACAAUCCAAAGAGCGUUUGAAGUUGCUGCUGAAUUAGCUGAAGGCCUAUUUUCAGAAUUAAUGCAAUGUGUAGAAAAUAAACAUUUGAUAACAGUAUUUCGAAUAGCAGAUAAAUAUGACCAAAAACCCCAAGAACUGGACCAAAUAAUUUUAACAGCUUUAUUUAAAUCUCAACAUCUCUCGCCGACCGAACAACUGAGUCUGGCAUUGACGUGGAAUCGUGCUGAUAUAGCUAGAUCAGAAAUUUUUGUUUAUGGACAAGAAUGGCCUCCAGGAGCCCUAGAAGAUGCGAUGAUAAAAGCCCUCGAGCACGACCGAUGCGAUUUUGUAAAAUUACUCUUAGAAAAUGGUGUCAGCAUGAGAAAAUUUUUGACAAUACCUCGGCUCGAAAACUUGUACAACUCCAAACAAGGACCUAGCAAUACAUUAGGAUAUAUACUCAGGGACGUACGCCCUCACAUUCCACCGGGUUACAUAUAUACUUUACACGAUAUUGGAUUGGUGAUAAAUAAAUUAAUGGGUGGAGCUUAUAGGGCUCUAUAUACACGAAGAAAAUUUAGGCCUAUUUAUGCAAAAAUUAUGAACAAAGGACACAGUAUGGCGCAUACUUCAGGUAGAAAUUUAGGCGCAAUGGGACUCAUACCUGGAUGUAUACCAGGCGCAGCGAGUCCGUGUUUAUUUGAUUAUCCUUUUAACGAACUACUGAUAUGGGCAGUGUUAAUGAAGAGGCACAAAAUGGCGCUGUUGAUGUGGCAACAUGGCGAGGAAGCUUUAGCGAAAGCUCUAGUAGGUUGUAAAUUGUACAAGGCGAUGGCACACGAAGCAGCCGAGGAUGACAUGGAAACUGAAAUAUAUGAAGAAUUGCGGGCUUACGGAAAAGAAUUCGAAAAUAUUGCCCUAGAAGUAUUAGAUUAUUGCUACAGACAAGACGAUGAUCAAACACAACAACUCCUUACCUGUGAGCUACAAAACUGGUCAGGUCAUACCUGCCUCAGCCUAGCCGUUACUGCCAAUCACCGAGCUCUUUUGGCACAUCCUUGUUCUCAAAUAAUCCUUGCAGACUUGUGGAUGGGCGGAUUACGCACAAGAAAAAACACAAAUAUUAAGGUUAUUUUGGGCUUACUGUGUAUGCCUUACAUAUUCAAAUUAGAAUUUAAAUCAAAAGAAGAAUUACAACUUAUGCCUCAAACUACAGAAGAACAUAUGGAGCUUGAAAAUGAUGAUGACGACAAAUCUGAUUCGGAAAAAAAUCAAGAUGGAGAUAAGCGUACUAGAAGUUUGAGUAUUCGGAGCAAGUCUACAAAUCCAACUGGUGUAAAGGCACUACUAACUGAAAAUUUUAUUACGAGGGAUACCGUCGUUCAAGAAAAUGGUAAGAUUCUUCCGGAUUUCGAAGAUACAAAAUUUAAACCUCAGUACAGUAAGGGCAAAGAAUUGAAGUUGAAGAAAAAGCUUUAUGAAUUUUAUACAGCACCGAUUACAAAAUUUUGGUCGAAUUCGGUUGCAUAUAUCGCAUUCUUAGUACUCUUCAGCUACAGCAUUUUAGUAAGGAUGGACCAUUUUCCCAUUUGGCAAGAAUAUUACUCAAUAGCAUUUAUUAUUUCAUUAGGCUGUGAAAAACUAAGGGAACUGUUCUCCUCAGAACCUGUAGGUGUAUCUCAAAAGUUUGCCGUGUGGUCCUGGAAUAUGUGGAAUCCCUGCGACAUGGCAGCAGUUUUUAUGUUUUUGAUUGGAAUGUCGUUGAGAUUUCAAACGGACAUCUUUGAAGUUGGAAGAGUGAUAUAUUGUGUAAAUUGUAUCUAUUGGUAUUUGAGGAUCCUUAAUAUUCUCAGCGUUAACAAGUAUUUAGGUCCCUUGGUGACAAUGAUGGGUAAGAUGGUAAAAAACAUGAUAUAUUUCAUUGUUUUGUUGCUAAUAAUUUUAAUGAGUUUUGGAGUAUCACGACAAGCUAUUUUAAAUCCCGAACAGGAUCCUUCUUGGAGAAUAGCUAGAGACGUGUUUUUUGAACCUUACUUCAUGUUGUACGGAGAAGUAUUCGCUGGUGAGAUUGAUCCGCCAUGUGGCGGUAAAGAUGAAAUACCUUGUCUGACCGGCCGUUGGAUUUCACCUGUAAUUAUGUCAAUUUACCUCUUGGUUGCCAAUAUUCUAUUGAUUAAUUUGUUGAUUGCCGUCUUUAAUAAUAUAUUUAAUGAAGUCAAUGCAAUAGCUCAUCAAGUAUGGAUGUUUCAACGAUUCACUGUUGUCAUGGAAUAUGAGCAGAAACCACUAUUACCUCCACCGUUUAUUAUUUUCUCACAUCUCUACUUAUUAUUUAAGUACUUCAGAAGGAAAAUGGAUGGCGUUGAAGAAAGUUACGAUAAUGGCCUAAAGCUUUUCUUAGAUAAGGAUGAAAUGGAAAGACUGUACGAUUUUGAAGAAGACUGUGUCGAAGGCUAUUUCGCUGAACAGGAAAAUAAACUUCAGCAGUCGACAGAAGAACGUAUCAAAAUAACUACUGAAAGAAUAGAACACUUAAGUCAAAAAGUAGAAGAUAUUAUAACCAAAGAAAACUUACAGACAACUGUCUUACAAAAUUUAGAUGUACGCACACGGCGGUAUACAGACCAAUUUCAAGAGUUAGUAACAGAACUAGAGGUAUUAAAGCAAGUGAUAUUACAGAAUCAAGCAUAUCCAGUCGACCCAAUUAUUACAGCGCAACAAGCAAUGCGACAAAGGACAAUAAGUGAACAGAGUGAACUUUCUGAGGACAAUACAAUCAUUGGACAGUUACUUCCGAAUAUCAUUCCUCCCAACCGAAAAAAGACUAUAGUGAGAUCUUUAACAGAAGUUAGACCUGAUGCGUAUAUAUUCGAUAAUGGUCAACAUAUCGAAUAUAGGUAUGCAGAUGAAGACGACGAGACUGAGCAAUUAGAUAAUAUUUCCAUGGCGGGAAGUAGACAACAACUGAAUUUUCUACGUCAAAGAACUAAGAGCACAGAAUCAAAAGGGUCGUCAGAAAGUGACAAGCGGAAUGAUGAAGUACUCGUUGAGGAUAUCGGAAGUAUUAAUUUGGAUGUUUUAAAAGCAAGAGCCUCGCAAAAAAGAAGAGAUUCGACAGGCACCAUAAGAAGAGGAUCUGAAAGCGGCACUGCAUGCGAACUGCGGCCACCCUUUUUAACGCCAAAAAGCCUCUCUUUCUGCCACAUUUUCAGGAAAUUAGGUGACGACUCUCAACCCCUGAAACCUACACUACCCAAGCGACAGUUUUCCCAAACGCAGUCAGAACCGGAUCCGUGCGAACCUCCUGCUACCUUGCCGUCGAGUACUAUAUCUUUAGAACGAUCUGUAACAUUUACUGAGCCUAAAAUUAAAGUCAUACCGCCUGCUAGUAGUCGUUCGGCUCUACUUAUGCACAUGCAUACUGAAUACACCAGUAUUACUGACGAAUUGGAAUCCGUCUGUGGACUUCUGAGUCCUCCUAGAUCGCCUGGACUGCUUAGUCCGCCCAGACCUGAACAGUCACCUCCAAGUUCCCGAAAACGCAAUCCAUCCGAAAUGUCCAACCCUGAAAUAGCACUCAACUUCGAAAAAGAACAUUUACGCAGCGCUGAGGAAUGCGACUAUAUGGUCAUGGAAAACCUGAUUCAACGAAGGUACAGCGAAGAAGAUGAGGAUGAAAUCGACGACGAUGUUAUGGAGAAACUGCCAGUGAAAAAUCCGGCGUUGCUUAGCGUUGUUACCGAGACUAGGGAGUUCCGUGUGAAUUCCUGGCCUAUAAGAAAUGCCUUGAAACGUUCCACAGCUAUUGAGGAACCGCCUGGACCAAUAGGACAUUUAGGCUCUAGCAGUUCAUCCACAGAACGACAAGAUUCGACUGAAUCUAGCGAUAAUGCAGCAACUAUUAACCAACCACCAAUGCCGCAACGACCAUCAAUCGUUAUAGAUUCUUCUCAGUUGCCUACUGUUCUACGAGAAGUACUUCCAUCAGCUGAAUCGAAAGGCAGUCUCCAUAUGCAGUCGGAAACUAUGUGUUAGUUCUAGUUCGUAUUUUACUGAUGCCGUUUCCAAAUCAUAUUAAAAGUUGAAUGAACAAUAUAUUUAUAAUACGUAUAUUAUAUUCGUAUCAUUUUUAAUGUAUAAUAUUAUUUUAAUCUAGGCGCCAGCUAGGUCACCGUGGCCUUUUCAAUUCUGAUGGGCAAACUAAACGAUUUCUUAUGGAUUUUUGGCUGCUGAUUACGAAUUAUUGAACAAAAUACUAAGUACACGAAACAUACCCAGUAAUUGGAAUGAAGCAAUCACCCUAUUAUUGUUUAAAAAGGGAGACAAAAAAGAUCUGAAAAAUUAUAGAUCGAUUACCUUGCUUAAUGUUAUGUAUAAAUUGUUAACUAAAAUAUUAACCAACAGGCUAACUCCUAAAUUCGACAAUUAAUUAUCAGACCAAAGAACAGGCAGGAUUCAGAAAAGGCUACAGUACAUGUGAUCACCUACAGACAAUGAAGUUACUUAUUGAGAAAAUAAAUGAAUACCAAAUAUCCACAUAUAUGUCAUUUAUAUAUUUUGAAAAGGCAUUCGACUCCAUAGAACACUUGGACAGUGAAACAAUCACUACACAAUAGCAGAGUAGAUUACAGGUAUACAGAACUAAUCUCUAAUAUAUACAGUAAGGCCACAACUACGAUCCAACUUGAACAGAAUACACACCCCAUACCUAUCAAAAGGGGCGUUAGACAGGGAGAUACGAUUUCGCCGAAGCUCUUCAACCAAGCUCUAGAAGACAUUUCCAAGAGAUUACAAUGGGAAGAAUAUGGAAUCAUCAUUAACGGCCAAUACUUAAAUCAAUCUAAACGGGAACUGGUGUAUGUUUUCAAAAGACUGAUAGUGUGUAAAUAAAUUUAUUAAAUCAGCUAAGUACUUUCAGCAUAUAAAUGCCAUCAUCAGAGCUAUCGUCUUAUAGGUGUAAAAACCUCUAAAUUAUUUUUUCUAUUUAAUACUUAAAUCACCUAAGAUACGCUGACGAUAUCGUCAUUAUCGCUACAGACAAGGAACAACUACAAAUAAUGAUACAACAACUAGACCACGAAGCCAGUAAAGUUGGAUUAAAUAUGAAUUACAGCAAAACAAAAGUGAUAACAAAUCAAGAGGAUGAGUUAAGAAUCGUAGUUAAACAAAACCAAAUAGAGGAAGUGAAUGAAUACAUAUACUUGGGACAAAUAAUACAAUUGAAUAGAGACAACCAAACAGCAGAAAUCAAGAGACGAACGAAGUUAGCGUGGGCCUCGUUUGGUAAGCUCAGCUUCAUAUUGAAGAAUAAAAAAUACCCUCAAUAUCUAAAAACGACCAAUGUAUUCUUCCGGUCCUUACAUAUGGAUGUCAAACAUGGACGUUCACAAAAGCGAAUAUGGACAGAAUUGCGAAAACACAAAGAGCAAUGGAAAGACAAAUGAUCAACGUAAGACUGUCAGAUAUAAAAAGGAAUUCCUGGGUAAGAAAUAUAACAAAAAAGUUAAAGAUGCUACUCGUCAAACAGCUAAACUAAAAUGGAAAUUCGCCGGUCAUACGAUUAGACAAGAAGACGAAAGAUGGAAUAAAAUUAUUACAGAGUGGAGACCAUGGACAUAUAAACGAAAGAGAGGAAGACCACAGAUGAGAUGGAUAGAUGACCUAAAACAUCAAGCAGGCUCAAAAUGGAUGCACAUGGCUCAGGAUAGAGAAAGAUGGAGGAGCGAAGGGGAGGCCUAUGUCCAAUAUUGGAUGUCGCAAGGCUAAUAGAUAGAUAGAUUACGAAUUUCUAAAGUAAAUUUUGAUCCUAGUGGUCAAAAAAUUGUUAUAAACAAUUUAGUUGUUUAUAAAUUUUUUAUAAGGCUCUAUCUCGUAAACUAAAAGAGAUAAAAAGCUUUCAAAUAAAAUUUGAUCCUUAAAAAAACAAAGAAAAUGGCGUUUACUUAACUUAAAUCCAAUAAUUAGAACUCAAGAUAUUCAUAAUUAGUGCAUAAUGCAAAUUGCAAAAUAAGUAUUUUUGAAACUUUUUCGAUCGUAACUUGGCUUCUACGCAUGUAAAUGAACUUUACAAAGUCUCAUUAUAAAGUUGAAUUCAUAGACUUUCAAACAAAAGGACUUCGCAACACUCCUUAUGGAAAAGUGGUCCCGGUCAAAUUUAACGAAACUUUGGUCAAUGAUAGUUCUCAGUGAGUAGAUUAAAAAAGUCCACGGCACCUGGGUCUGAAAAACUAUUAUUCUCCAGCUACAGCUUUCUGAAGUUCUUAAAUUCAGGUACUCGGUUUACGUUAAGUGCACUAAUAGGGCUUUUCAUCGAUUGUCAUUUGUUUCGAGCUUCCGUCAUAUGUCACAUAAUAUUAAUAGAGCUACAUCAUACGUCUUUGGUUUGUAUCAUUGGUUUAUACCAAUAACGUAUGACGUAGAUAUAUUAAUAUUAUGUGACACAUGACAGAAGCUCGAAACAAAUGACUGUGAAUGAAAAGCCCUAUUCACGAUCAAGUGAAUGAAAAUAUCUAUUAUUUAAAGAAGACAUACUCAUUUUCUUCUUGCAUGUUUGCGUGUUGCACAUGAAUUCUUAAUUAAAAAUAAAUAGAUGCAUCGUAUUUUAGUCUUCAGAAAAUCUUCGAAAAGUACUCAGAAAACUGAAGAAGUGCGAUAAAAAAUGUGUUGCUACAUCGACAUAAGAAUUAUCAUGUUUUCAUGAAUGGUUCAGACUUAUCCAAUACCAGCAUAGGUGCAGUUCCGCCUGAUCUUUAGAAAACUACUGAACAGCGGCGGAUCUAGGGGAGAAUAGGGCAAUUCCCCUCCCCCCGCAUGGGCGCCCAUAUAAAAAUUUUUAGAGAGGGGCAGACGUGAAGACUUUGCACAUUAAAUUUUGUAUACUUUGGAUGACAAUAUAUAGUUUACAGCGACUGAAAAGCCAGAGGGGCAUGGCCCUCCUGCCCGGGCGGAUAAAUUCCUCCCGUAACACGGUGCAGAAUUAAAGAAAAAAAAUUUUUAAAAAUUAUAAAAAAAAUAUAUUAGCUGACAUGAAACUUACUACAGACAGACAAAUUCAACCCAAUUAACUCGACAGUUAGGAAAAUUAAGGGAACUUAUUGCACAUGUUAUUAUCUAUGUCUUGUAGUUUGGGUUUAGCUAUUGUAUGUAUUUAGUUGUUGGUGUUUUAUUGGAAGUCGCCCCCUCACCCAAGGCAAAUGUUCCGCCACUGCUACUGAAGCGCCUUCAGAAAAUUGAGGAACAACCACAAUAAGUGCUGCUAGAGCAGAACAAGACAUCUCACGUUUUCACGCAUGCAGAAUAGAGUGCCUCUAAAAAUCAUUAGAUAUGCCGACGAAGCAGUAAUUUUUGCAAUUAGCUUAAAUGAUUUGCAAAGAAUAGUCUUCAGCAUAUCAGAUAUGAGUAGAUAAAUUGACUUGAUCUCAAUCCGAAAAACAAAAAACAAAGUACAUACGUAGUAGUAGGUAAACGCGAAAUAUUAAUUAUAAUCUUCUACGGAAAAAUCGGGUUUAUGUCAUCUUCGACUAUCUGUACCUUAAGAUUUUGCUGAUUUUGGUUAGAUGCAUCAUAUUUUAUGUCGUAUUAAACUAACGACCUAUUAGGAUACUUCAGUAACAAUUACGGAACAUUUGCCUUGGGGGAGGGGGGCGACUUCCAAUAAAACACCAACCGCAAAAUAUAUCAAGAUAACCCAAACUACAUAAAAGAUAUAGGUAAUAACAUGUACAAUAAGUUCCCUUUAUUUUCCUAACUGUCGAGUUAAUUGGGUUGAAUUUGUCUGUCUGUAGUAAGUAGCAUGUAAGUUAACAUAUUUCAACGUGUAAUAAUCACGUUUACACAAUUUUUUCUUUAAUUCUGGACCGUAUUACUAGGGGAAUUCCCCUAUCACCCCUAAACCCGCCACUGUUCAGUAGUUUUCUGAAGAUAAGGUGUAACUGCAGCUAUGCUGGUAUUGGAUAAGUGAGAAGCAUUCAUGAAGGCAUGAUAUUUGUUAUGUCCCUCUAGCAGCACAUUUUAUAUCGCACUUCGUCAGUUUUCUGAGGACCUUUCGGAGGUUUUCUGAAAACUAAAAUACGAUGCAUCUAUUUUUGACCACGAAUUCAUAUGCAACACGCAAAUAUGAAUGAAAAAAAUGAGUCUGUCUUCUUUCAGUAAUAGAUAUUUUCAUUCACUUGACCGUGAAUUAGUGCACUUAACGUAAACCGAGUACCUGAAUUUAAGAACUUCAGAAGGCUGUAGCUCGAGAAUAAUAGUUUUUCAGGCCCAGGUGCCAUGGACUUUUUUAAUCUACUCACUGAGAACUAUCAUUGACCAAAGUUUCGUUAAAUUUGUUCCGGACCACUUUUCCAUAAGGAGUGUUGCGGGGUCCUUUGUUAAAUUACUUUAUCUUUAUUUGUAUUAAAGUUAUACCCGUUUGAAGUUUCAUUUGAAGUGAGCCUUUUUGCUGUGAGCCGAUCUUGCGCCUCAGAGCGCGCUAUUAAUAAAUCUAUAUUUUGGCCAAAAAUAAACCUACGAACAUUUUCUUACGCUCGAAAUGUUCCUUUUGAAACCUUCUAUAUUACUGUUAAUUAAAGUAUAAGUGUUUAUUGCUCAAAUUUAUCUUCAUUAUUAUAUUCAAAGUUAUAACUUUAAACGGGUAUAACUUUGAUAAAAAUAAAGACAAAAUAAUUUAACAAACUUUGUUUGAAAUUCUAUGAAUUAAGCUUUAAAAUGAGUCUUUGUAAAGACCAUUUGUAUGCGUAGAAGCCGAGUUACGAUCGAAAACGCUUAGUUUAUUUUACAAUAUCUUGAUUAUAAUUAUUGAUUUAAAUUUAGUAAACGCCAUUUUCUUUUUUUUUUAUUAAGGAACAAAUUUUAUUUGAAAAUUUCUUUAUCACUUUUAGUUUACGAGCUAGAGCCUUAUAAAUCAUUGAUAAGCAGUUAAAUUUAUUAUAACCAUUUUUGACUACUCGGAUCGAAAUUCGUAAUGGGCAGCUAAAAAUACAUAAGAAAUACUUGGGUUACCCUACCAGAAUUAAAAAGGCCACGAGACCUCUAUUUGGCGCCUAGACUAUUUAGUAAAUAACUAGUAUUCAUAUUAAUGCUAUAAUAACGGCAGCUGCUAGUUUCGUUUAUUUUGAAAAGAAAGAUGCAAUUUUUAUACUCUAAAACUAGGAGCCUUAAAUUUCAUGUUGUACUGCAUAAAAAUAAAUCCAUAAAAAGUAGAUAAAAACCAUGCAUUUAGAAAAAUGAUUUUUCUGUAAUAAAUUAGUUUUCAGUCCAUCCAGUUAAAGUAUUUCAUUUAGAAAAGGUUGAUUGAUAUGAAAUAGUUGACGUCUAACAAUAUUUGGUCGUAGUAAGUUGAACGUUUAAAAUAGAAAUCAUUAUGGUUUAUUUAUAUAAUUAAUUAAUAUAUGUAAUUAUUUAGUUAUUUAUAAGUUAUCAAUGGUUUUUUAUUCCUUGAAAAAGCUGACAUUUUAUCACUGACAUUAUCGUCAUAAUCAGUUAUUAUUCGGCAACGAAGUUACUAAGUAGAAACUUAAUUAUAUUCACUAACUAUAUCAUCUGUGUACCUCAAGUUAUUUACAUCGAAUCCAUUAAGUGUAAUUUCUUUUACUAAAUCUUCAAGGGCUCUUGCAGUCAAAAGCCUGAGUGUCAUAGAAAAACUAAACUCAUCAUCACUCAUUAAGAUUAUCCCCGGUAAUGCAUUUCAACCUUUAUCCGAUUUGUUUGGUUCUCAGCUUUUCCUGUCCUUAUAGUGUUAAAUUUUUUAAAUUUCUACUGGCAGUAUGUACAGUUAUUCAGUAGUUCAGUAUUUCUUUUUGUGGAUAGUUCUUCCGAUGUUCCUGUCAACAGCACAGUAUCGUCUGAAUAUCUAAUGUUAUUUAUCAAUUCUCCAUUAACGGUUAUUCCUUCAUUUGCUCUUGAUAAAACUUCCUGACAAAUGUGUUUACUAUUGACUUUAAACUUCUAGUGGCGACAAUAUACCUCCCCCUCUCUCUCUCUCUCUCUCUCUCUCUCUCUCUCUCUCUCUCUCUCUCUGUAUCUCCGUGUUACUCUUAUUAUGUCAGAAACUUCAUCUUUUAUUCUUAUAUUUGAUCGCUGAUUCCAAUAUAAAUUUCCAGGUCCAGGAACCGAAGCUUUUCACCUCGCAAUUUUUACAGAAUGGAUCGAUUUGCUUGAAAGUUUGAGAAUAAGUAGUGGAUAGUCCAAGGAUCAAAAUCUAUAUGAUGCCGAAAGGCGCUUUUACCAUGGGGGUGGUUGCCACCCCAUCUCGGGGUGGAAAUUUUUUAUUACAUUCUGACCGCAAAAGUUGAUAAAAAUAUUCAUUCUAAGCAAAAAACGUUCUAUACAUUUUUUUUGAUAAAAUUAAUAGUUUUCGAUUUAUUCGCUAUCGAAAGUGUUAGUUUUAUAUCUAAGAAAUCAAUGUUUUUCUAUGGUAUACUCUUUUACGAUUCACUCAAUAUUUGUCGUAGAAAAAAUUUUUUCAAACCAAGUUCUUGGGAAUUAAAUAACCUACAAUUAUAUAUUUAAACAUUUUUUCGUAGCUGUGAUGCCAAUCUUUCUAUUCUGAAGAGAAUGGCAUUUUUUACCAAAUUAUAAAAAUUCUUUAUUCGCUUUAAACUCCAGUUUUUUAAAAACUAGUCAUUCUAAGCCAGUUAAACUUCUAGAAUCUAUUAAUAUUACAUAGAUAAAGAAGAAUGAAUAAGGCCAAUGACUAAAAUCACUGCUAACCUACAUUAUUAUGCUUCAAUUGGAUUUCUCCUUUUUUUCAAAAGAAUAUAUUGAUUUUUAACCGUAACUUUUUUUAUUUUUUAUCUUAAAAAGUUUGGUAAAAAUAAUUUUGUAGGUUUUUACAAGAUCUAUACGGCUAUUAAUAUUAAAUACUUUUAAAAUCCUCAGCCACAAAAGAGGUGACAUUGAAAGGGUUGGUAAAGGUGGUUUUUGCAUGUGAUUACAAGUUUUAAUUGUCAAUAGCUCACUCAAUUUUUGCCGCAGAAAAAAAUUUGGCAAAACAAUUUCUUGGAAAUUAAAUUUUAUAUUUAAAUAUUUUUUCGUAUCUCUGAUGCUAAUCUUUCUAUUCUGAAGAAAAGUUUUACCAAACUACAAAAACUCGUUAUUCGCUUUUAACUCAAUUUUUUUGGAAACUAAUCAUUCUAAGCCGAUGCCGAUCAAACUUCUAGAGCCUAUUAAUAAUACAUAAAUAAAGAAGACCAAAUCAGGUCAAUGACUAAUUUUAAUCAGGGUGGUGAUUAGGGGGCUGUUUCCGAUUACUUUUUGCUAAAAAAAAAAUAGGGUCUGACAUGAUUUUCAUUAUGUCACUUACCUUUUGAGCUAGAGACUUUUUUAUUUCUGGAGAUAGAUAUUUUUAAAUGCUUUAAAUUAGUUUGACCUAGUUGUCCUCGGAAAAUGCAUAGUUUUCCCGUAUGUUGACUUUGAAACUACAAUAUUUAGCAUAUGACGAAGAAGAGCUAACAUAUAAUAAAGUAUAGCUAUUGGUCUAUAUACUGUUGGUCUUAGAGAAAUUAAAAAAAAGGUUUUGUUUAUUUUUUCAAAAGGUACAUUUUUGUUAAGUAAAGUUGUUUUGAUAAAACGAAAAUUUUUGAGUUAUUUGCAGAAAACUGAUUAAAAACAUUGAUUUUUUCGAUAUAAAACAACACUUUCGAUAGCGAAUAAAUCGAAAACUAUUAAUUUUAUCAAAAAAAUGUAUAGAACCUUUUUUGCUUAUAAUUAAUGUUUUUACCAACUUUUGCGGUCAAAAUAUAAUAAAAAAUUUCCACCCCCGAGAUAGGGUGGCAACCACCCCCAUGGUAAAAGCGCCUUUCGGCAUCAUAUAGAUUUUGAUCCUUGGACUAUCCACUACUUAUUCUCAAAUUUUCAAGAAAAUCGAUCCAUACUGUAAAAAUUGCGAGAUUUUGUCAUAUUUUAAGCUUCAUUACUUGGACUAAGGAUUAUUUUCAGAUCUUUGCUUUGCUCUCAAGAGUAUCUUUGAGUAAAUCACGGAGCACUUUGUCAAAAGCCUUUUCGAAAUCUAUGAAACAAUCAUGUAUCUUUUGAUUGCCGUCCAAGCAUCGCUGAAUGAGAAUAUUUAGAGCAAGCGUGUAGCAAAAGUGUAACGUUUUAGAUUAAAAAAAAGCGGUUUUUUGGGUAAAUUGACUUCGUGUGUUCAUAUAUUGCAGUACAUAAUUAAAAACAACUAGAAUAAUUGGAAAGCAUUGUCUGCAUAUUUUAUCAUGGCAAUCAAGACGGCGAUAGACUAAAAGUUUAGAUCCUCUAAAAUAUAAUAAAGUCAUAAACAUAUUUAACACGUCAUUACACACGCCAUGUUUGUUACGCAAGUGCACGCCCUGUAGCAAUUUGCCGCCUUAUUCUAAAGCAGCUUAAAAUUAUCCAAAUAUUAUAAAAUUAUGUAAAUUCUAUUUUCAAAAGUCUUUUGGUAUUCCGAAUCAAAAUUGAUAUUGUUGUUCUAUUUUUUUCCUUUUAUGUGACAGGAUAAAAAUGAUGUGACGUGAUUUAAAACUUUUUGGAAUUGCAGCAAAUUGCCGCGGGUGCGUGUAAUGACGUUUUAAUUAACCGUUACAAUUAACGGUCCUUUUUAUUUAGAUCUGUACUUAAUUCUCAUUAUGAAUUAAGUCAUGAGUUUUAAUUGUUUGGCUAAUAUUUUGAAUCUUUCUAUAUUUAGGUACAUUAAACAUGAAUAUGUUGUUCAUUGGACCAACUUUUAAUAUGAAUACCUUCUACAUAAUAUCUAUUGAUUAUGUUCAAAAUAAGAGAGCUAAAAGGAACUACAACGUUAACGGGAUUUUAUUGUCUUAUGUGGUCAAUGGAUCUCUAUAUUUGAAAAAACCGUGGAGUGCUACCAUUUAAAUGGGUGCUUUUUUGAGAAAGGGUCCCUAGUUAAAUUACCCUAUUAGUCCCUAGGCACAGGGUGAAUUAGGGCGAGUUCUAUGCACUUUUGGUACAAACACGUCUAUAGCAAAAUUGUUACACGUUAAAUGUGCUAUCUAAAUAUCACAUUUUAAAGUUAAAAAUAUUUUUUACAAAAAUAUAUUCAAAAGAAAGGCAAGAAAAAACCACGAAAGAAAGCAAUUUUGUUUUUUGCCCCAUAACUUUUUUCCACAGGGAUAUAGGUAUAGGCAUUGUUCAGUGAAAAAUAACUUUCACCCUUCCUCUUUAAAAUAAAGUUCGGUAAAAAUCUCUAGAGUUUAUAGUUUCCGAAAUAGAAUUUUUCAAAGUUCGCCGCUCACAGCAUUUUUGGGCCAUUUUCCCCAUUAUUUCGCAAACAUUGUUCUGUAACUUUUUUCUAAGCAAUUCUAGGUAUAUGCAAUGGUACAUUUAGUAGAAAUAGAAUUCGAUUACCUUUAAAGUGAUCUAUUAAUUAUAUAAGGUUGUACGAUUAUUUUAAAGCAAGUUAUGCUUUUUCGAGGUUUUAUACUUUUAAUGAUUUUUGAUAUUUUUAAUGAUUAUUUUUUAAAUUUCUCAUUAUGACUUUUUUCUUGAACAUGAAUAGAAUAAAAAAAUUUUCUUUACUUUAAAAUAUCCGUAGGAUAUCCAAAGAUAUCCGUAAUUUGAGAAAAUUUUUAUUUUUUUGUUUAUUUUUUUUUUCAAUUAGAGCAUAUUAUACCAUAAUUUUUAAUUCCAAAUAACUUUUCUUAAUAACACUUUUCGAUAUUGUGAAAUAUAAAGGUACUUUACUCUUGAUCGAAAUUCAUAUUUUUUAACAUACCUUGUACACUAUUGAUAAAAUUUUAUAUCUGAUGAUCGGAUCUUGGGUUUUGGACUAUUCAGUGCAUUUUAUGGAGAAUAAUUUGUUUUCAUAAAGUUAAUAACAAAAAAGUUUUCCAUAUGAUUCCAACUUAGUGGGACCUAUUGCAUGUGUAUAUGUCACAUUUUGAAAAAGCAUAUUUUGUUUAAAAGUAGUCCUAGAAUUUUUUAUAAUAGACCAUUUUAAAGUAAAGAAAAUAAGCUUUCUUUUUUAUUAUACAAUGUUUAUACCUAAAUAUACAAUAAAAAAAGUUAUAAUGAGAAAUUUAAAAAUAAUCGUAAAAUACCUAUAAUCGUAAAUACCUAUAAAACUUUGAACUACCAUAUCUUGCCCAAAGUUAGUCAUACAGCCUUCUACAAUAGACCAUUUUAAAGGUAAUUGAUUUUUAUUCCUAUUAAAUAUGACAUUGCAUAUACCUAAAGAUACGUAGAAAAAACUUACAGAACAAUGUUUGAGAAUUAAUAAGGAAAAUGGACCAAAAUGGUGAGUGGCGAACUGUGAAAAAUCAUAUUUUGGAAACUAUAAACCAAACUUCCUCUUUAAAAUGACUUCUACCAAACGUCAUUUUAAAGAGGAAGGAAGGAAGCUUUUUUCUUGUGAAACAAUGCCUAUACCUAUAUCCCAGUGGAAAAAAUUUAUGGGGCAAAAAAAUAAAAUUGCUCUCUUUCGUGUUUUUUUCCUGCUUUUAUUUUGAAUAUAUUUUUGUAAAAAAAAAGUAUUUUUUACUUUAAAAUGUGAUGUUUGGAUAGUAAAUUUAAUGUGGAACAAUUUUCCUGUAGACGUGUUUGUACCAAAAGUGCAUAGAACUCACCCUAUUUCGCCCUGUGUCUAGGGACUAAUUCACCCCUUUCUCAAAAACGCACCCCUUUAAAUGGUAGCACUCCGCGGUUUUUUCAUAUUUAGAGGUCCACUGACUGUAUGAAACAAUAAAACCCCGUUAACGUUGUAGUUCCUUUCUAAAAUACAUAAUCAAUAGCCUAAUAGGCAAAAAAAACUAUUUCUCUUAGUAAACUAAGUGUUCGGCUAAAUGCUGAAGAUUUUCUGAGUGUUUUUGUUAAAGAUUGUAAAUUUAUAUAAAAGACAACAGCUAAAAAUCAAUACUUGAUUUAACAAGUAGAACUCUUAGCUCGUAAGUAUUUAAAAAUAAAGAAUUUCAUAUAGAAUAGACAAUAAUACGUUUGCAUGAAUAAAAUAAAUAAUAUAUUUGUUAUAA